AUGUCUACCGCUGCUCCACAUAAACCUGCGGAGUUCACUUACGUGCUCAUACCCGCAGACAGCAACGAGCCCAUCCAAGAAUUGAAGAGCCCUCAAGUUGACCUGGAAAAUGAUACGUUUGUGAAGCAGUUGAAGGUCUACUUCGCAUCCAAAAGCGAUGAGAGCAGUCUCGACAAACAGCAGUUCUUGGCGCAGUUAUCAGCCCAUGCAAAGCAGGACGUGAGCAAGUCCGUUAAUCCAGAAAUGCUCGAGAAGCUCAUGUCGAUGACAACUGUGGACAUCCUCACCUUAGCUCUCCCAGUACCUAAGACUAGCUAUACUGGCGUGAGUAUGUACGUCGAUGAUAAAGGAGUUGCCAAGAACCUUCCUGUGAAUGUACGGGCUCAAGGGCUGACUUCAGCUUGUGGCCUUAUCGGUAAUCAAAUUAGAGGAGAUGCGUUCGUCGGGAGGAUGUACGAUGAUGGGAAGGACAAGUGGUUCAGGAUGGACUUUCGCGAGUCGGACCUCAACUCUGGUUUAGAGUGGAUUGCUGCAGCGAAGUCCAUUAACAUGAGACAGGGUGGCGGCACUACUCUUAGUGCACUCACAAGUCAAUAUGGCAUGGGGUCGAACUCAGAAGUGGCAGCGCCCACAUCUGUUGCUAACAUGUCUAACCGAGAGGAGCCGGUAAAACGGGAAGGAUAUACUUUCCGUCAGACUAAGGACGAGGUCGAAAUAGAUAUUCCGCUGGCGAAUGGCGUCUCUAAGAGGGACAUCAAGGUGACAAUAAAGCCCAAGUUCAUAUCAGUUCACGUCAAUAACAUGCCUGUGGCAAUAGAGGGUCCUCUGUGGGGCCAUGUCGAUACUGAUGGUAGCGGUUGGAUGAUAGACGAUGGGGCUCUGAUUAUCACUAUGGAAAAAGAGAAGGAGAAUCAAUGGUGGGAAGACCUCGUUGAUACUAAGAAUGACACAGAGUAAGUACU